AUCGCGCGUCAUCAAGAUGGCGGCCCCCAGUUGAGUUCAUGAAUCCUGGGCGCCUUUGAAUGCCGGCGGAAGAGGAAUGGUGUUAAGAUACAAGUGAAGCUUUGACGGAUGAGCAAAAGACUCUGUUUUGAAAGAAUUGGGCUGGAACAAGUAUCAGGAUCCUUGCAUUCCAUGAUGCCAGCGGCCGGCACCACGCUAAACAAACCGGUUCUCGUGGAAUCUCUAAUCGUGUUUGCAAUUGUGCUCUGUGUGCACGGUGCCGUCUGGGACCGCUUCUCCUGGUGUGCCAUUGCCCUCGCUAUCCAGGCCUUUUACGUCCAGUUCAAAUGGGACCAUCUCCUUCAGCAAGGCAGCGCUGUCUUCCAGUUCCGAACGACAGCAAACAGUGGGCUCUUACCAGCUUGCAUGGCCAUCCCGUUACUGGGAAUUAUGAUGAAAGAAAGAUGCAUCAUGGCUGGCAUUGUGUACUUUGAACGUUUUGGGAUUGUUGUGGCCUGCACUGGCAUGGCGAUUGCUCUGUUCCUCUCUGUGAUAGCGAUCGGCAUUACCAAACCCAUGCCAACGAACACCUGCAUCCUUUCUGGCCUUGCCGGCAGUUUGAUCAUAUAUACCCUGAAGCAGUCUUUGUCUGUGUCUGAAGUGAUUGAGGUUCUGGAAGUGCUGCUUAUCUUUGUCUACCUCAGCAUGAUAUUGCUGUACCUGCUGCCACGCUGUUUCACCCCCGGCGAGGCUCUGCUCAUCCUUACGGGCAUCAGUUUUGUCCUCAACCAGCUCAUUAAACGUUCUCUGAAUGUUAUUGAAGGCCGAGGGGAUCCUGUGGAUUUCUUCCUCCUGGUGGUAGUGGUGGGUAUAGUCCUCCUGGGGAUAUUCUUCACAGCCCUGUUUUUCUUCAUGGAUUCUGGGACCUGGAUCUCUUCCAUGUUCUUCCACAUGAUGACGGCAGUGCUGGGGCUGGGAGUGGUCAUGCCGUGGCUGUAUCGGCUGAUCCGAAGGAACCCCUUGUUCUGGCUUUUCCAGUUCCUGUCUCAAACCCAGACGAGAGUUUACCUCCUGACCUACUGGACCCUGCUGGCCAUUUCGGCAUGCACCGUAGUCCUCUACCAAAACACAAAGAGGUCGUCUGGUUCUAAAAAGCACCAAGCGUCGACUGUAACCAGAAAGUAUUUUCACUUCAUUGUGGUGGCUACUUAUGUCCCAGGGCUAAUCCAUGACCGCCAGCUCCUGUACGUGGCAGCUGUGGUCUGCCUGGCGGUCUUGAUUCUUCUCGAGUACGUCCGAUACUUUAGGAUCAAGCCUUUUGGCCAGAUGCUUCGACACCUGCUCUCUCUCUUUUUGGAUGAACGUGAUAGCGGGCCCUUGAUCUUGACCCACAUCUACCUUCUCCUCGGGAUGUCCCUCCCGGUUUGGCUGUUCCCGAGACCAUGUGCCCCAAAAGGAACUUUGGCCGGGACAGGAGCACUGGUGCCCUAUUCUGGGGUUCUGUCCGUGGGAGUUGGGGAUUCAGUAGCCUCUAUUUUUGGUAGUACGGUUGGGGAGAUUAAGUGGCCAGGAACCAAGAAAACAUUUGAAGGGACGAUGACGGCCAUCUUUGCCCAGAUCAUCACUGUUGCCAUAAUCCUGAUCUUUGAUAGCACAGUGGAUCUCAAUGCCAGCUACUCUUGGAUUUUGGUCUCUAUCAGCUUGGUUUCACUUUUGGAAGCUUACACUACCCAAGUGGACAAUUUAAUCCUGCCCCUCUACCUCCAGAUACUAUUUAUGGCUUAG